CACAGCAUCGCGUGACGGCCAAUUGAACUCUCAACUUUUUUUGUCGCAAUGCGGUUAUACCGUUAGCUGAUGUCCACGAGACGUCUUUGCUACCCGAUUUGAUGCCUCGCCAUACGCCGACUCUGUAUUCUCAUCCUGAGCAGGACGUCUUGGUCUACGACACUGAGAGCUCGGAAUGGCGCACCCGUCACAAAUCUCACGCAUCAGGGCCACCAUUCGGUAGCUCGUCCUCAUUUUCCCAACAACAACAACCACCUUCAUCCGUACCGUUACACCCUGAUGUCUACUCUCAGUUCAUAAAACGUUACAGAUCGUCAAGUAGUGGCGAAUGGGAGGACGCUCGAAGUGACCCAGAUACCCACUAUCUCCGUCGAGGUCUCGGGCAGUUGGCUGAUGGAGGCGAGAGCGACGAUGAAGAUCAUUCCAGACAACCUCAUUCUGCUCCAGAUGCCCUCGAUUUCUCUCACAUUUUGGUUUCAGAGUCUAUCGAACCUGCGUCAGAGGAGGAAAAAGACAGGCUUAAUUGGCAAAUGUAUUUUGCUUCAGUGCUACGUGGAGAUGUGCUACGUUCAGAGAAGACCCGAAUAGCUGAUGCUAUGGAGUCAUCAACUGAUGACCCAAACAAUCGUCUCAAUUUCUGGCUUGGAAUACGUGCUAGGAUUCAUGGGUGUGGCGUUGAGGAGGAGAAACGGAUAUCAGAGGAGAAACGAGCACGUUAUGUCGACCGAGUUGUGGAAGAGAUCCUGCAGUUUAGGGUUGAAGACGGAGUGGAUACAACACAGGCAUUUCAAUGUGUUUCAGGUGUUCUGCGUCGUCUGGAUAACGUUCUGUUGUUGUACCCGACUCUCAGAGCGUUUUACCUGGACAGACCGGCUCUGAACGAAAACGGUUUCCAAGUCCGAGUGGAUACUCUCAAUACGUGGUCAAACGUGUUGACGACCCUACGGCAUCAGAUUGACGUGUUACGACGAUGGACUGGUAGCGAAACCCUGGACGUUACACAACCAAAUACAUCGGGAGACUUACUCGUUAGUGCGACCGGUUCUACCGGACGCUCAAAUGCGGAUGGACCAAGUUUCGUGGAGAGGAUAAUAAAAGAGGAGUCGAUGCAGAGAAUGUUUGAGAAAGGUUCUUUAUUGACUGCACAUGCCUUGGUUGCAGCUGCCCGGGACGCUCAAGUCAAUCUCGCACCUCUUUUCGAAGAGAUGAACCUCCCCACCUUCGACAACGAACUCGUUCCUCUCAUUUCGUUCCCAACGAACCUCGCUCAGGCAUGCCUGCAUCUACGGCUGAACUACGUCCAGAAGUUGAAGGAUCCUGAUUUGUUGAUCAUAGAUCAGACGAUAGAGGAUCUCAAGCUCAAUAUUGGCCUUGCUUGUACUAUCAAACGCCAAUAUGAGUCGUUUCUUUCGCCGGAUCCCGAAAGCAAGUGGAACCUCCCUCGGUGCAUCAACGAGGAUUACGACUCGACCAUCUUGACGUCUGUUGCGACCUUCUUCCGAUUAGUCCAUUGGAAAUUGAAGGGUGGUGCGAAAGGGAGUUAUUUCAAAGAAACUGAAGUUUUGGAAGCUCAGAUGGCCACUCUAAACGAUGUCAGUUUGACUGUGGCUGGAGGGUCUCGUUUGGUUGCUGAGCUGCUGUGCUCGCUCACCAACCGUUUAAUGGUUCGAGUCAUUAAUUAUUUUGAGACUCAAGUACGAGUACCACUACCCGGAGACUCUCAAAUCAACAACACCCGGGCAAUGACAGAUGAGCAAAAGGCAGCGUGGUACGGGAAGAUUCUCGAUAGCGUUCGUCUGCGGUAUCGUAAGCUUCAACGUUUCGCUAGGGUCCUCACUCAUCGAUUCAGUAACUCGGCAGAGUACAGCUUGGAAGGCAUCAGUCUCGAACAGUUCAUUGAAUGUCUUGUUGCCACCAAUCAUUUCCUCGUCUACACCCACACCUACGAAGAAGAGGGUGUGUACAUCGUUGCCUCGGGCUCCCUCUACGAUUGUCCAGACGAUAUUCGACGAAUUCUUACGGAAGUCUACCAAGUGAACCCUGACGAUACAAGGCUCCCAACUGAAUACCUUUUAGAUUACGAUGAGACAAGAUACCUUCUCGUCCUAUCUCCUCGAACUCACUUCCUCUGGCCACUCCAGACCGGUCGAAUGAUGUUACUCGAUCUUCCCAAGCUCAACUUGGAGCCUAAAGACGAUCGAGUACGUCUGAUCGCCGAUGGUCCAGAGAAUCAACUCGCCUUUGCAAAACAGGUGUUCUCGGGAAUUUUCGUAGCUAUUGACGAGAACGUUGGAACAGUGGAUCACAAUGGAGGACCUUUAACAUGUCUACAUCCCCAACAAGCCCAUCUACCAUCCGUCAACCGCGAGUUGCGCAAGAUCACUCGAGCUACAGCACGGUUAGCGGAAUCCAUAGUGGAUUCAGUUCACCACGUUCGAACGUCCAUGUCCAUGACGACUUCUAUGGAAUGUCAAGACCUGAUGGAGAAUUGGUACCAGUUCGCGGCUGAUCAUGGGCAACACGCGCAGCAGAAGUUUUUCAAUCUUUCAACCUCCUCCUCCUCUGUGGACAACCAGCUGAAUUCAAAUCGGUCUUCGACGAUACGGUUUAAUCGGAUGCUCAAUAAACUUGCUAUAUCAUGGGUUACGUUCAUAUGCGAUGACUGUCCGCCGAAUGAACAGAAGACGUUUAAAUGGGCGGUGAAUGCGUUGGAGUUUGCGUUCCAGAGGACGAAGAGGGAUAUAUUGCAUCUUCCGGAUGAGCAGUUCCAGAUGUUGAGGCAUAAAGUGGGGAUUUGUGUUGCACUGUUGAUGGGACAUUUUGAUAUUCUGGGUGCGAGGUCGUCGUUGGAAGCUAUGAGGGAAAAGGAGAGACAGCGGUUGCAGGAAGAGCAGCAAGGGCUUGAUUUGGACAAUCAUCCUGCGAUUGUUGAAGCGGAUGAAGCUGAUGAUGACGAUGACGAUCAUUGCGGUGGGGAGAAUGGGCCAAUGGAAGGUAUUAAUAUUCUUCCGGACGUUGCAGGUAAGAAGUUUUGGGAGAGGGUGUCAAAGUCUUUGGGAGAAGUAGAUGGACAUAGAGCUGCUAUCGGACAGGAAUUUCGUGCGUUGGGUCGUGUUUUGGAUACUGAACGCUCGGAGGCGGAUCGUUCUCUCGUCUCAUUGGCGUCCUCCACGUCUUCUCUUGCCAUUCGCUGGCAACAAGGACGGUUGAUUGGUGUAGGAACGUUUGGGUCGGUUUAUCAAGCGGUGAAUCUCGAUUCGGGGACGCUUAUGGCCGUGAAAGAGAUCAAUCUGUUCCAUGAAGUUUCGACUUUACCCAAUCUGGUUGAACAGAUUCGGGACGAGCUUAGGGUUAUGGAACUUCUGGAUCACCCAAAUAUCGUGGAGUAUUAUGGGAUUGAGGUGCAUCGAGAUAAGGUGUAUAUCUUCGAGGAGUACUGCCAGGGGGGAAGUCUCGCUGCGUUGUUGGAGCACGGAAGGAUCGAAGAUGAGAGGAUUAUACAGGUGUAUACGAUGCAGAUGUUGGAGGGGCUAGCUUACUUGCAUUCGAAGGGCAUUGUCCAUAGAGACAUCAAGCCUGAGAAUAUCCUUCUGGACCAUCUUGGAGUGAUAAAGUUUGCUGAUUUCGGUGCUGCAAAGAUCCUUGCCAAAAACCAACGAACUAUGGCGAAAUCUCGUCGGGGUGGAGAAUCGCCGAAUCCCAGCGAUGGUCCAUUGGGGAUGAACAGUCUUACUGGAACCCCGAUGUAUAUGUCUCCUGAGGUGAUAAAGAAUGAUAAGAGAGGGAAGCACGGGGCUAUGGAUAUUUGGUCCGUCGGAUGCGUCACUCUAGAAUUUGCCACGGGGAAGACGCCGUGGAGUCACCUGGACAACGAGUGGGCGAUAAUGUUCCAUAUCGGUGUGGCUACCCAACCUCCACCACUACCUGAACCGGGUCAAUUGAGCAGUAUGGGAAGCGACUUUAUCAAGCAAUGUUUACAGAUAGAUGCAAACAGACGACCGACCGCGGCAGAGCUUAAGGAACACCCAUGGAUGGACGAUCUUCGAGCGGCGUUGCAGAGUUAUGAGGAAGAGGAGGGACACGAAGUAGUGCAUCUACCUCCAGAGGAGAAUUUUGAGAAUGCGAGUGUUGCAUAUCAAGCGGCUCUUAUCAAGGAGAAGGAAGUUGAGGAAGUUACGAAAUCGUCGCCUUCGCUCACUUCGACUGAAACUCCCUUCGAAGACUCGGAGUCCGAAGUUCCAUCGAUGGAACUGCAAUAGAUUUUUGAUAUGUACAGAUAUCUUACGC